UUAGCUACGUAAAAAGUUUCGUUACAAUAAAUUAUUAAAAUAGUCGAUAAUACCUCGAUUUGCGCGAGGUUCAAGUAUUAGUUUAUUAAAAAUGCGGCCAAUUUUCACUUUUUUUCUACUGGCAAUUUUUUGCCUCGCUGGUCAGCUGAGCGGUGCUAGCGCCGCAGAUGUGGAUUUCCAAUCGACCGACGAUGACUUCGCAGACUUUUUUGAUGACGAGUUUGUCGAUGCCACAUUUGACACUAUGCCGUCGUCCGAGGAUGCAGAGGCGAGGGCGGCGACUCCAGGAGGCGCUAACGUCGAGAAGGCAGAGCCAUCACGCAAGGCUGUGCUGCAAGACAGUGAUGAGGAAGAUGGCGUCGUGGAGGACGAUGACGAAUUUGAGCACUUCCAGGAUGAAGAGGAAUUCGAGGGCUACGAAGGCGGUGAGAAGCCAGUGGCGACUGAUCAGAAGACGGAGCCAAAGCUGAAUAUACCCAACUUGCCAUUGCACUUCCGCACCCAUUGGGAUUCCUAUUGGAUGGAGAUGCUAAUGAUUGCCGGUCUGUUGGCCUACUUUAGUAAUUUCUUUGCGGGCAAGGCGAAGAAUGCUCGCUUGGCACAGCUCUGGUUUAGUACGCACAAAGCACUGCUCGACGAGAACUUUGCUCUUGUCGGGGAUGAUGGAAAGCAGGAGAACGAAAGUCCCGGCCUGAUGAAGGAGAGCGAGAGUCUGUACACAUUGUGGUGCUCCGGCCGUACCUGCUGCGAGGGUAUGCUGGUUGAGCUGAAAAUGAUCAAGCGUCAGGAUGUGGUGUCGCUAGUUGCGGGUCUCAUGCGUCCACAAUUGGAUCAGGUUCAUAUCAAAAUCGAAUUGACGCGUGGCGUAAUGGAUGCAUUCGUAUUUGCAGUGGGCUCGAAGAAGACGAUUACCAAGGUCUUUAAGGAGUAUGCCGAUCUGAGCAAAUUCUGUAGUCUAGUCUCAAAGCCGGAGGAUCGCUAUAACUUGCCCUCUGGCUUUGGCGUGCUCUCCGAAGUGCCUGAGGCCACGUCCGCAAUACUCGAAUCACGUGUUAUAACUGCACUCAAUAAAUACCAAAGCUAUAUCGAUUACCUGCACAUUUCGGAUCAGUUCAGUGGACUCGUCCAGCAGGAAGAGGGCACCACACUGAAGCAGCCCGAGACCAAGUGCAUGCUGCUCGCUGGCUUCAAUUUGCCGAAGCAUGCGGAGAUGGAGACCAUUAAGCCAUUGUUAUUGUUAAUCUUUUAUUUGAUGGAACGUUUGAAGACUUAUCGCAUGUCCAAGGAGGGCAAGGCCAAAUCUGACAAGAAUCGUUUGCGUGUCGAGGAGGAGUUCCUGAAGAGCACACAUGCUGCUCGUGCCGAAGCUGCUGCUCAACGGCGCGAGGACAAGCGGAAGCAGGAAAAGGAACGUGUGCUCGCCGAAGAGGAUCCCGAAAAGCAAAGACGUUGGGAACAGAAAGAGCAAAAGCGUCAGGCCAAAAAGAAUGCUCCUAAAAUGAAGCGACUAGCUGUUAAGUCGCUUUAAAUUUUGCGUUGUUUGCCAUAAUAACACCACCAAUUGUCGCGCCCGCUUCAUAAAUCAUCUUCAGUAGUUGUAUUCCUAAAUCAGGUCGAAUAAAGCAAUAUUUAUUUGUUUUCCUAUUGGAGCGACAAAAACUUUAA